AUGGCUUACGUCGCAAAAUUAAAUGAGUGGGUGACCCAUAGAUCGAGAACCCUGCAGGGAUCUGAAACUAGGUCAUAUGUGGCAACGCUCGAAAAAUAUAUUCUUGCUGGGUUGAUCUAUUUUGGAUUCGCCGAGCUAGACAGGCUGCGAGAAGUUUCCAAGAGCAACGCGCUGAGGAAGCCUCUCAAUGAUGAAUAUGUACCAAAGCUGGAGCAUAACAUCUGA